CCCGCGCCCUGCCCGGCCUUCCUCCAGCGCCUGCUGAGGAGUGAAAGUCCCACGGCUCAGCAGAGGCAGCCGGGAGAGUUCAGCGGUGACCAGUGGCUGAGUGCUGAGCCCCUGCCUCCUUCCCAGAACAGAGGUGGUGGCAUCGCUCGCUUGGUGAAGCCCAAGGGGUCAGAGAGGGAAGCAGACUCGGCGAGGCCUGUGCCGGUGGGUUCUUGAGGAGGAAGCAGGUGGCAGAAGGUUGCGGGUGCUCCGGUUGCUGGCCCAGCACUGCAAGAAGAUGGGGUGCCUGCCGGUGCCGUCCAGCUGGCCCCUGAAGAGAUGGCUCGGGCUCGGGCUUAUCGUGCUCUAUUGCAUUACUUUGGGCUGUGCACAGGAGAAGAAAGUCGCCAAAAGCAAAGUAGGGGAAAAAGUCGGCCUGCCUUGUUGUUACAAAAUUCCCAGCUCAGAGAGCCUGCAAAACUACCGAGUGUAUUGGCAGAUGAACGUUACCGAUGUGGUGCUGGCCUACUCAGGGGGAGAAAAGAUCCUUGAGAACCCACGCUAUGUCAACCGGACAAAGUUGGACUUUGAGAACCUCACCCUGUGGAUCUCUGGUGUGGAAAUCCUGGACAGUGGCCCUUACCAGUGUAUUGUUCAGAGUCUCCAGUCUUCACCGGACAAACCUGGAUCUCAUCUUUUGUGUGGAGAGCCCGUGACCCUCUUUGUUACUGCUGACUUCAGCAAGCCGAAUGUAGAAAGAGAAGUAACUGCUAGUUCAUGUGAAUCGACAGAAAUGGUGGUAAGAUGUUCUUCUCAUGGAGGUUUCCCCAAACCCAAAAUCUAUGGAGUCCUCAACAACGUGUCUGUGGUGUUGAAUACCACCUGGGAGUCCGAGUCCAGCCUCAGCCCGUACAACGUCACUGGUACACUGUGGCUCAACGUGUCCAAAGAUAUCAACUUCACUUGCUUCGUUGAAUAUGAUGGCUUACUCAGGUCCACCAGCUUGCUUCUAGGUAGGUUUUCAUACUAUGUAGAUUGCUCCAAAAAUAAUACCUCCUCUAUUUCUUUCUGUGGAAGCUACAACAGAUACAAAGAGCACAGUAACACUAAUCAAUAGCUGAGAAUUUGCUUUACGAAACACUACUUUUUAGCAUAGUCAUCGCUAUUAGUUAUGCAUUCUUGCCAGUGAUGAACAAGAACCUGCAUGCCAUGCCCAUA